AUGUUUUAUUCGUCUCGGAAAGCUUCGUCAUCUACAGCGCGGAAACAAACCUCAGUCACCUCGAAAAGAAACCAUUACAGCGAUGUAAACAGGGGUGGAAAUGAUAUAGACAAAUACGACGAUGGAAAUAAGAGUGGAAAUGACACAGAUUUUGGUUCUGCAGAACUGUUAUCAACCUCCAGGGAAGAUUUGUCCCCAAGCAGAUGUAGUUGUCAAUCAGGGGGAAGUAAUGUCGCGGUCAGGAAUGAGACCAGAGACUUGGACAACGAGCAUUUCUGGAGUGGGAAUUUAAGAUUAGAGUUUGAUAACAAUGGUGGCAGUGAUGACGAGCAGCUGAAAGAUGAGUUACUCAGGAUAUUUGACCGUGAAAGAUUGGGAUUAGAAACUUAUUUCAAACAAAAAACAGAAAAUAUUUUGGCAGGAUAUCGUCGUAAGCAAUAUGAGUGGGAAGAGAAGAUAAGAUCCGAGAGAAUGGAAUAUGAGAAAACCUUGGCUCAGGACAAGAUUGAGAUUCAACAAAACUAUAUUAGCGAGAUGGCAAAGAUAACAAAGCAAUUUAACCAGGAGAGAUUGGAGUUGGAAAGUCAUUACAAAAAACAAAUCGAAGAGUUAUCACAACAGUUCGAAUUUAGAAAAAAAGAAAUGGAUGCAACGAUCAUCAAAGAGCGAACUGAGUUGAAAGAAAGAUUAGAGAUCGAGUACCAAGCGAUGCUGAAAUCUCAAAAAUCUGCAGACGAACAGAGAUAUAAUCAACAAAUUAUGGAUUUGGAAGAAACUUACAAAAGAAAUCUCUUAGAACAAGAGCAAAAGUUGAAAGAUUCUUUUUUUGAGGGGGAGUUAUCCGGUCGAAGAUUGCAAUCUGACAUGGAAGCAAAGUUUGAACAAGAAAAGUCAAUUAUAAUUGCUGAAUGGAAAAAGAGAGUUGAACUUCUUGAAGUCGAGUUAGGAAAAGAAAAAGAUCGAGCAAACAGAGAGGAAAGGAAAGUCUGUGAGUCUCACAGAAAUGAACUUUCCCAAAAAGAUGUCGAACUAGAGAAACAACGUCAGGUUGUAGAGACGUUGAAAUUGGAACUUUCGCAUAAGGACAAGGCUGCAAAAGAACAUGAAAUCUUCCAGCAGAACAUCUUUCUUCGUGGAUGUGAUGCACUUCCAGGUAAACUUCGUGAAGAUUUCGAGAAACUGUUGGCCGCGCAUCGUGAAAAACUGGAAAAGAAUCUUCGCAAAGAAGAAGAGGGACGGAAUAUUGAACGUGAUGCGCGAAUGGCCCUUGAGCGAGAGACGUUGGAAAAACAACUAAAGGUAGAAAGAGAUCAAAUGAAAUUAGAUUUAGAGAAAGAACGUGUUGAAAUGAGGCAUUCCAUUCGUGAGAAAGAAGAUAAAAUGCGCCAAGAGACUAGAGAAGAGACAGAAAGAAUGAGAACCAGAUUGGAGAGUGAGAGGGAACACAUACGAAACGAAGUCAUUAAAGAACAGAAAGAAACUUUCAUCAAAGAGAAGGAAACAAGAGAUGCUGAAAUAAAAAGAGAGAAAGAAAUUUUAAGAGAUCAGAUAAGAAAAGAGUGCAUACAACAACAACAAGAGACGUUAUUGAAGGAAAAAGAGUUGCUACGAGAACAAGUGAAAUAUGAGUUAAAAAUGAAUGACAAACAAGUCAAUGACGAGAGAACACAGUCAAGAUUUAUUUCUCAAGAGGAGAAGAAAAGUAAAACAAGAGAACAAAUGAAUGAGGAGUUGGCAGAUCACCGCAGUCAUCCCAAAUUUGAAACUGAACAGGCGGGAAAAAGAAAUGGCUUUGGACAGGAUAAAGAUGAAAUGUGGGAUGCCGAUGCUAGUCAGAAGAGAAAGCAUACUAAACAAUGGGUAGAAGGACAGUAUCGCUUCAAGAAUUAUAAUCAAGGUUAUAAGGAGGACUCUGCUGGACUUGUUGACCAAUUCGAAAUCGAUGAUAAAGGGAGCCAUACGGGACAAAGUUACGGCGAGCAGGAUUGCAGUAAAGAAACUACCGAAGAAAACAAGAACAAUAACGAAGGCCUUUUGAAAAGCGAAGAUAAUAGUGGAUGUCAAAAAAGCGAUAUUUUCAGAAAUAAGGAUGGUUAUUUACACUCGACAAACACGUCUAAAGAUCCUGAAUACAAUCUGAGAAGUCUGAGGGAAGAGAAUGAAGGAUUGAAAGCGAAAGUGUGUGCAUUGCAAGAUAAUAUCUCACUCCAUGAGUGUUUUAAGAUGGAAGCUAGCGAUGAGGUACAACGUUUGAGAAAGACAAACAAAGAUUUGAAAAUGAAACUUGAAGAACUUGAAAAAAGCCUGAAGGAUGAAGACGAAGUUAAGAAAACAUUGCAGGAAUAUAAAUUGCAAAUAAAGAACUACGAAAAACAAUUUAAGAAAAAUGAAGAGAAGAUCACAGAAUACGAGGAAAUUUGUGCUGAAUAUGAACGUUCAUUACAAGAAUGUCGGAAGAAGAUUAUGGUGUUCGAUAAUGAUUCCAAAUCAUCCCCUGCUAAUCGAAGUGAGUCACGCGGUGAUAAGAAACAUUGGAGUGGUAAUCCUAAAAUUUCUAAAGAUGGAAGGAAUAAUGGGCUGGGAUUAUUAAAUAGUGGAGACGAUGGAUUAAAAGGAGACCCUGGUGAAGAAAUAAUGGACAACAUCCUUGAAGAUAGACAAACAGAAUUGAACAAACUUGUCCCAAGUUUAGAAGAAAAAUUAAAAUGGAUGGAAAAGAAGAUUUCUGAAAUAACUGUCACUAAUCAACAGAUCAACACUGACUCUAUGAAAAAAGUAAGGUUAUCUUCAGAUUUGGAGAAAUUGCAAACGCAAAAUAAAGGCCUGGUAAAUAAGUUAAAAACUAUACAAUGGCAACUUCAAGCAAUGGUUGAUAAACUUAGGAAGAAGAAGAAAAAAAUUGCGAAACUUAAAAAUGAAAACAUCAUGCUGAAGACCAGUCACCAAAGAGAUAUCAGUGUUCUUCAACAGAAACUGGAAUAUUCCAAUCAAAUAAUCAGCCGUUUACAAGAUGAAUUCAGUACAGAGUCCAGUCAAAUCUCUCGACUUCGGGAAGAAAUCUCGAAUAUCAAUAGAAAAAUGAUAGAGGAGCGGGUGUGCGAACAGCGCAUGAUCAGAGCACGAAGUAUUGAAGAAAUCGAGAAACUUCGUGACUUGGACAGAGAAAAGAUUGACUUACAACGGAAGUUGAAUGAAGUGAAGACUGCAUUGGAUGGUUACUCUGAAAGACUCAAGAAUAAGCUUUCCUUUUCUGAGACAACAAGCAGCCAACUCUCACUUAACGCAGGUACAACCGUAGUUCGAGACCUGCAGUUGACUGAAACAUUGCAAGCAUUGGAAGCCAGCAGAAGAGCAUCUCAUCGUCAGAAUGAACGGCUUCAACAUGAAAAAAAUGAACUGCAGAUUAUGAUGUCAAGUCUUUGCAAGUCAAAAGAGGACCUCAGGGAGAUCGAUGGAUUCCAUACCCACAAAGAGCACCAGUUAUCCCCUUGUUCCUCCAUAUCCUCUUUAUCUUCGUCUUGUAUGUCUUCACUCGACGGAAGACGUACGAGCGGAUUUGGUAUGGGUACAAAAUUUUCAAGUACAUUCUCAAUAUUUGAUUGAAAGAUAGUAUUGAGUACUAUGAAACAUGCCAAACUCAACCAUUGUCGGCCUAAUUUCAUUUAUUGAUAUAUUUAACAAUUAUUCGCUGAGGGCGAGGUAAAUAUCGUUGAAAAAACACGAGACAAGUAGACAACUUUAGACCUAAUUUUUUCACUUUUUCUGCUUUCACUUACAAUAUUUUCGCUAAAAUAAAGUAUUUCUUCAUCUUGGUUUUGGCCCUUUGAUAAAAACAACUCUACAUUCCUUUCCUAAAAUUGGGACAACAUUAAGUUCUAUUGUUUUCAUAUAACUCGGCAAGUUAUUCGAGUAAAAAAAGAGUUGUAUGAAAUUAUGAAUAUGUAUAGUUACUAUAGUUAGGAACACCAGAUACACACAAAUUUUAACACUGUAAUAAUGUAAUAAUGGAACUGCUUUUAUUUCAGUAGCUUUAAAUAGGUUUGCCUUGGGGCUAAACUGAGAACUAAACCUCUAUUAAAUAUCUCACAACGCAAUCAAUCAUUUCACACAAAUACGCAAUGAAUCAUCUCACGACACGUUGAAUCAUUUCACAACGCCUUGAAUA